AUGUUCCGAUUGGAUCAUUGCCAUGACGGAAGAGGAGGAGAAUCCUCAUUCAAGAAGAAAACGUCCACUUCUCCUCUAGAAGAAAAUUCAAAGAGUAAUAGUAGUAGCAGCAGCCUCUCUUCUUCAUCAUCCUCGUUGCACCUAUUACAGGUUCAUCGGGAUUCCAAUAACCACCAAAAUACGAAUAAUACGAAUAAUAACAACAAGAACAUCAAAAUGACGACUGCUGGUCAUCAUCCGAAUCAUGGAAAUAACAACAACAUUCAACAACAAGAACACCACCACUACCACCACCACCAACAGCAGCAACCGAACACCACCAAUGCAAGUCAUUCAAGAAAAAGAAAGGAGAGUGUUUCAUCGGUUCAUGAAUCCGUUAUGGAGAUUGCUUUGCCCAUGGCUACAAGUGCUGAUAAUAACAUCAACCACAAUGGCAACUCUUCCAUGACUACGACAAUGGCAGCUACAACAACAACGACGAAUGAAGAAGGAAAGAAGAAGAGAAAAAACGCAACUUUCUAUCAACAACUCCACAAACCUCAGGCCUCUGGAGAGUUUGCUCCCAUGUCGUGUCAACACUGUAGAAGUUUACACAAACGUUGUGAUAGAAGUUUACCGAAUUGCUCAAGAUGUGUUCAAACGAAUCAUAUUUGCCUCUAUCCAGAACUCACCAACAAAAAGAAGAAAAAGACUACUCAUAACAACCAAAACAACAACAACACGAAUCCUGUUGAAAAAGCAUCGUCGACAUCAUUCUCUCAUGAAAAAACCAACCCGUUAUCCUCUUCGCAAAUGUCCUCUCCUCCAACUAUUGCGGGAGUUACCAUCUCUUCCUCAUCGCCACAAAUGUCCUCUCCACAACCAGCCAUGCAAUCAUCAUUCUCGCCUGGAUCCACUACCAAUUUCUCCAGCACCAACAACAUUUUAGAGAAUGCAAUUUCUUCCCCCCUGUCACUUUCUGCCAUUUCAUCAAAGCUUGCUUCUCUCGAUAGUACCACACAACUCAAACUCUUCGACAUGGCUGCCAACGCACUCUCGAGAAAUCCUGGACAAUUAAACUCUUUGAUUGCCAAUAUUCCUCCUGGAUUAAUCAGUGCAUUUACAGGAAAAUUCCAAUCCACCAAUUCUGCGGAAGUGACACCUAUCGUGUCCAUUCCAACUCCAACAGGACAAGUUCAACAUGCAGUCAAGCCCAUCACUGCAUUUGUUCUCGAUAUUUAUUUUCAUACUUACAGUUUUGGCUUUCCCUUAAUACCAAAAGAGAGAAUGACUGCUCUCUUAGAUCUUGUACUUCUCAAGCAGCAACAACAACUGGCACCUACUGCAGAAUUACAACAAUCAUUUGGUAUUCAAAUUAAGAAUUUUUAUGACAGAGUUGCCAAACAACAUUGGUCCUCAGCAACAGAUAUGGAAAAAGAUUUGGCUGUGUUUUUUGCAGUCUUGGCUGCAACACUGCAAUGCUCUGGAAACUUUGUGUAUCAACAAUAUAGAAAUUGCGCAAAUAAUCUUGAUUUGAUACACUCUGCUGGUGCAUCCAUAAACUUGCAUCAAACAAGUCAACAAUUUGAGUCACCUCUAGAAGCAUCUAUGGGAAGUGGAGCUUCAAGUAUGGACUCGAUCCAUGACGAUUUAUUUAUUCAAGAUUUAAAGAACAAGUGGUUCAAUAAUUCUAAAACCAUUAUUGGAAAAUAUUUUGAUGACAUGGAUGGAAUGUCUAUUCCCAUUGCUUUAACUUUUCUAGUGUAUUAUCUAGUAGGAGAAGGUGACCUUCAACGUGCUAGAAUGUACACCUCAAUGGUUGAAUCUUUGUGUCAAAAAGUUUGGGGUACCAUGCAUUGCUUUGGAAUUGGCUCACGUGGCUUUGUGAAUGGAGCAAAACCUGUAGUGAGUCAAUUAUCAAAAAUUAGCGGUACCAAUAGCUUUGUUUCGAAUAUUAUGUAUGGAUUACCUGCUCUGUUAGUGCAUCGAUAUUUGAGACCUAUUGAAAUGUUUCUUGCCGAGUUUGAAGAACCUACGAAUUCUCUCGUUAGAAAGCUGCAACAUAUUGGUAAUAAGAUUAGAAUUGAUUUGACAUUUAUUCAAGAUUGGGAACAUAUUCAAGAUGACGAGAUGGAAGAAUUAGACCGAUUGAUAAAGUUCCUAAGCAAGUACAUUGAUCUAUUGUUCUCUACCAUGAUGAACAAGGACUCCAUUCUAUACAUUACAAGUUAUUUGAAUUUUCUGGAUGUGGUCCUUGACGUCUACGAGAGAGCAGUCACAAAACGAACAGAAUCAAUGCUCAAGUUCGCUGCAGAUAUUAUUGAAAUUACCAAACUACCACUCUUUGUUUUCCUUCCAACACCAUUCAUCAGUACGAUCAUUAAGGGCGUUCGAGUCAGACUGAAAUAUGGAAAACCAACUGAAAGUUUCCAUUCAUCCAUUAAUUUACGAGAGGACAUGUCAGCACUCAAGACUCUCACUAGCAAAUAUCCAAUCGUGAACAAACUCUAUGGUGAAGUUAUUCGAGAAGUUGAAACAUUCCUCUAUCUACAAUCAUUCUCUCAUGCCACACUAGUACAACCUAUCAACAUUUCAAAUAAUAAUACUUUCAGCACAAACACCACCACCACAACUAGUAGCAACAACAAUAACAAUGGUAAUGGUUCUUCGAAUCACCAUGCAUCCGCAACACUCUCGACCAACGAUUUUGAUUUUGAAGAUGACAGUGGAUUUGACAUUAUGAACUUUUUGAAUAAUGAAGCUCCCUUAUCCUCUACCACUUUCAACUUUGAUGACGAGUUGUUUGGAGAACUUUUUAGCAUGCCCAAUUUAGACAAUAUAAGCACGACAUCCAACGAUAGUUGUGAGUCCAUUUUCAUUGAUGGAGAAAAAUUAGAAAUUCCUUCGUGUGUGAAACCUGGAUCUUUCCUUCCUAUUCUUAUCAAGAAUUUAAGCAAACAAAAGGAUAUUCUCCAGCAGGGACACGACAGAAAUUCAGAACCAAUCAAAAAACUGAGAAGUGAGCUCAUUGAGGAAUUGACACAACAUGCAGGCACCGAUGAGAAUACCAAGCUGCUUAUUCAACUCUUCACUAAGCAGUACUUGCAUGCAUAG